AUGGGCCCCAAGAUCACCGAAUCCAGGCGAGGCUCUUCAGCAAGAGAUGCUCGUGCACAAAGCAAGAAUGUUGUGCCUCCAAGGACUCCCGAAAUCAUACAAAUACCUGGCCGGUUCAGCGCGCUUGGAACUGAAAGCACUAUAGCAGUAGUGGGAAGAAAGCAAGAGACUCGCGCACGAGUGAAAGUUGAGCCCGAGAGUCCCGAUAACACGGUAUACCCAACCUCGCCAGUAUCCCGACGUCGAGACUACAAAGAAGAAGCGAAAACAGUCAAACCCGGAGGGCCUUCCUCCCGCCAUCAUACAGUUCACAUCAAGGUCGAAGACAAAGCCGAUCUCGAAACACCACCACAUUACCCAUCCUUCACAACAGCAUGGUCCAAAUCGCCACUCCGCGUACCAACCCCCCUCGCUGAACAGUUCUACCGAUCUACAGUAGUCAAGAAGGAGAGCGAUAUUUCCUUAGUACAUAGGGAUGUACUGUCACUUCGCAGCCAAACUUCAGGUCCGUCGGUUAGCUCGAGCUACAAGAGGUUCGCUGUCGAGACUUUCCGUGACUUCGACGCGUCACACCCAGCCUCCAAAGUCAAGAUAGAAGAGGAACCGGAAACGGGAUACUACAUUCCGACAGGAGCGAGCAAAGUCAAGCAUGAAGCGGGAUCUUCCCCCACAAACCUCCACCACCGUCCCAGCCCCACAGACUAUCCCAAUCCAUACCACAGAGCGCCUGUAAAACAUGAUCCAGCAUCAAACUCUUCACCCGACCUCAGGCGCACACGAAGCCACUGCACCGUCGCACCAACGCCGGAACUCCGCUCCGAAACAAAGUUCUCUUACCUCCAACCCAUCACACCUACACCCUUCAGCACACCCUACGGCCUCGUCAACCCCUACCCUCCCGAUCCAUCAUCAUACCUCGUCCCUGGGUCCUUGCUCGAAGGAGUUCAACGGCGGACAAAGUGGGGCCAGAGAGACAGACGAACGAAGCGGCAGCCGCCAGCUCUACAGCCGCGAGGUGUGCCCGCAGCCGAGGGUGUUGCUAGUGACAAGAAUAACGCUACACAUGCAGGAGCGGAGGGGACUGGAAGUGGCGGAAAAUUGGAUUAG